UAUUGGUCAGCUCACACGUCCGCGACACUGCUUGUCUUUGGAUUGGGUAAAACUGGCCAAUAAAGUUGCAGAUAGCGCCGACCCCUCGAGGGUGCGAGCUGUGGCGACCACAGCGCGACCGCCAAGUCACCCAAUGAACACUUCGCGCGAAUAACUGAGGCACCCGAUUUUCAGGCGGCGAAUGCGAAGACAGGCCAAAUUUACAGGUUGUCUAAGUUGCACUGAGGAGCUUGUGAGAUUACCAGUGUACAAGAUAAAGCUGUCUAGGGGGCUGGUUAUAAUACAUCUUCUACAGGUGGUGACACAAAGUAGUCUGCGUUCGAGAUCCACGGACACUGAACAUGUGUAUUUUGUUACCACAAUGUGUUCUACCGAUAUCCCCAUAGCAAUUUAAAUAUGGUGUGAGUAAUACCAACAGCGGUCUAUACGGAAUCAGCUAGUCCCUAUCUCCGCUUUAAGUAUGCUAUGAUAAAACAAAUCCCCUCUACAAUAGGCGAACGGACAGAGAAGCUCAGGACACCAGUAAAUCAUGCGAGGACUAGAUCGCAGUUGGUAGCCAGCCCCCGUUUUACAGAUGGCUGGGGGCUUUGUUUACAGGGGCUAUUUAGUGGGGCUCCAUAAUAACAUCGGACACAUUUGGCUUCCGUUUUAUGUUUGAGGUUAGGAUUAGGGUACUGGCUAAUGGUUUCCGAUAUUCGGAUUAGGGUUAUACCCUUGGGCUUAGGUUUUCGGGUUACGGUUAGGAUUUGAGCGUACAUUUCGGUUUCAGUAUUACGGUUAGGUUUUCCAGUUACGGCUUUGUCUAAGGACUACGGUUACGUUUACGAUUUCGGUUAGGGUUAGGGUUGCCGUAAGGGUUACCGGUUAACGUUCAAGGUUGAGGUUAGGGUUAGGGUUGGGAUUAGGGUUAGGGUCGCCGUCCGCUUCCCCAUUCCUGGCUAUUAACUGCGAUUUAGCCCACGCGGGUCGGCGACUUAUGCGGUCCUACGGUUUCAGAUAAUUUGACAAGUCUCAGUUGUAAAGCAUAUAACUUCCAUCUUUCCCUCCCGUUUCUUUUAUAUUGGCCCUUUAUCCUUUUCUGUCGACCGUUAUCAAUCUUUCAAUCCUCUUAAUUUUUCUCCUGUUCCUAUUUUCUCUCUCCUACUCGUUCUCUUUAUCUCCUCCUCCAUUGCUUCGCUUAAUUUCAUCGCCUAUUCUCAGUCUCCCUUCCUUUCUUCUUCUUCUUCUUCUUCUUCUUCUUCUUCUUCUUCUUCUUCUUCUUCUUCUUCCCUCCCUUCUCUUAAUCACCUCGGUAUGAUGGAAUUCAUAUGGUUCCUUUGAUUCCCGCCUUUCGUAUUUCUACUUCGAGUAUUUGGUCACGCCUCAAAGUUUCUUACUUUUCUAUCUACUUUUUUAUUCAUCCUUUUUUCCCUUCGUACAAACCCUUUCGCAUGUAAUCUGGCUCUCGUGUUUCCGAAUGCUUCUUUUGACCUUACAUCUAUUUUCCUUCUCGUUCACAGAUAAAAUGAUUCUGUUUCUGACAUUUUUGCAUAUUUCAGUACAGACCAAUACGAUCUUCCAUCUGGUCCAUUUGACUAGAGCUGCCGCUCGUACAUAUCGGACCCUGGAUUGUGGGUUUAAUUUGUUUUAUCCUCGCCUCAUGCGUAAUUAUAGGAAAAACUGUUUAAUGCGCCUGCCCUCCAGGGUGGUGACAAGGAUGCAUUGGAUAAACGAAAUAUCGAAGUCGGAGUCGUGUUCCUUUGAUCAAGCCCUGCAGAGAAAGUACUGUUACAUCCUACGCGCCUAAAUGACAUACCCAGUAACCGAUAGAUCCUUUAUUACACCUUGAUAUGCUUCUCCUGGUGAUCACAGUGUAUUUGGCUGCUGAUAACGGAUAAACUAGGAAUUGACAUUCUAGUCUUGCCCCCUGCCACUCUUGAUAACAUGCCUUGAUUACUCAUCGCUUGCUACUCCCUACACCCUGCGAGGUCUUUAAGUCCUGGGCACCGGAAUAAGAACUGAUCAGCUCCGUUUGGCAAGCAGGAGAUAUCGGCGGACGCCGCUCUCGUGGGCUUAGACAAAUUUGCAUUAUAACGAGUAGGCAUGAACAAACGGUAGAAUAUGUGAAUGAGUGGCCGCAGAAGAGGUACAUUCUAACUUUAUGGGUUUUGAAUGAAUUGAGUGAAGAGGUGCUCGACGGGGCUUAGAUCUCCGAAGUUGGUAGGAAUACGACACUAAGUGGACGGCAGAUGUUGCACUGAAUGUAUAAACUCGGGAGUUAAUAGCAAACGCGACAGGUGCAUGCGCACUGCAGUCGGCUGUCGGUGGGGGGGAGGGGGGGGUUAAUCCAGAAUGCAUCUUUGGCAGGAAUCAUCGCCGAAUUGAACGCUUUCUGUAUCUGGUGACAACUCUAACACACAAUGCUGGCGGUUAUUGGGAGUUGUCAUCCUUGCAGUUUGUUCUAAAGAGGCCGAAGUUUCGUGAGUUUCGCCCUGACCGCAUGUCAUAGGCUGAGAUAAACAAAACCUUCGCAACCAAAUGGAUUUCAAUCAACGCACAUUUAGGCCAAUAAGGGAGUCUUCUACAAGCCAUUCUGCACGAAGUGCCUUUUAUGACGUUUUGUGGAUAAAAGCAGAACUUCUUCAUUUAUCCAAAACUGAGUCUGAGGGAACAUUGUGAAAUGCUGUCCGGUGAUACGUUUAGUUCAUGCUCAAUUGCACUUUUAAGGCGCCUGAGAAACAUUAAUAUUUGCUUGGUUGCUACUGGGCUAUUUCUAUCCUUUUCUUUUCUCAGAAGCCGCCAAUACUUAUCCUCUCCUCGACUAUAUUCCAUGUGCGCACGAAAUCAACCGUGGGUAAGCUGUUUCCUAAAAUCUACUCGCGGAAACCUACGGUCUUUGAUCUCAUAAUCCAAAAUAUGGAGAAUCCUGUUACGUUUGACUUGUGACAUCAUCAGUUCUAGCACUUUACUUGGACGUCGCCCCUCGCGUACAUGUCCUCGUCGUGAGACAUCUUGCAAAACUGAACUACAAUCACAGCGAAGAUAGAAAUGUCUGUUGUUUUUUAAUUUCAAGUCUUCCCUGCACCGUCAAUUCUGUUUCUUACGUACUGUUUCCAGAAAAGGACACGAAAAAUGCGAGAGAUAUUCCCAUUCAAUAUUGGCAGUAGAUAAUGCCUUACUAGUGAUCGACAGAACUACUUGAAGCCAUAUUUCCCCCGAAUGAAUUUAAAGCAGGCAUAGAAAGCAGAAUUUAUUGGUGCCAGUAAAUUUCGCGACGACUUAUCAACUGCAUCCUGUCGUUGCAUAACACAGAUAACAAGUGAGAAAGAUACAGAGGUUUGAACUUCCACAGAGAAAGUCACUGUACAACAGCAAGGUCAUCGUAUACUGCACGUACACUAAUCAAUAAAAUGGUAACUUCAAAACGCAACAUAGGAAAUAAAAUUAGCUGGUACGCAUGACUUGUUUCACUUGACAGAAUCCCAAGCGUAUGAAGAGUACAAAGACUUAUUUUUCCGCGUUGUUUAGAACGGAGAAUUGACUGGAUGAGUAGUUACGCCGAUUUGGAGGGGAAACGCCAUUUUUCUUUACUAAAAUAAAGCUGAGAGGUAUUUUUCGUGAAGAAAGUCAUUCACAGGUUUCAAAGUAUGCAAAUAAAUAUAGACCUCAAUGUCUGGCAUGAAAAUAACUAAUCUUGGAUGUUGUGCUUGCAAUAUUGUAUAGGUCUUGACUAACUCUGACAUACUUGAAAAAAAAAGACGACGAAAGAUUUGCACAGCCACUUUAAAAGGGUUAUUUUCGUUGUCUUAGCCUCCGGUCGUUCUACUCUGGUAGGCAGGUCCUCACAACAAAGACCGCAGACAUACAUAUAGCCCCCCAACAAACCACGGCUCCAAAAGCUGGAACAUCUGAUACGCGCGUUAAUCUAUCCCUAGUGGCCAUACUUAGGGCCGUCAAAUAACAACGGCUGACUUCGGAAAGCAUUUGUUUGUUUUUGGCGAACAGAACAGAGGGUGGGAGCAGGGGUCUGUAAUCAACAGAACAUCCCUCAACCACACCUCACGUCCCACUUCCACGCUUUCCCGUUCCCUUCCCUCAGCAGACAUGGGGCCCCGUGUCCAAUCCACUCACAGAUGUUCCCGUUUUUGGAAGAGAGUGAAACGUCCUGACAGCUGUAGGGAGGGAGGGGGAGGGGGGGACGGAACCCGAACAACCUUCGCUGUCUGCUCUUUGUAAACUCAAUAUCACAAAGGAGGCUAGGCAGGGUGCUUUUGUCUGCACGCGAAACCCUGCAUGAGUAGUCUAUCGGGACCCCGGGUUCUCAGCGAUUGAUAAAUGAACGGCCUAUAUCCAGAAGACAACGGGGUCUGAUAAUGGUGGAGGAUAGGCAAUGGUGACACACCUACAAGAGGGAGUAUGGUUGAGCUACCUAGUAAGUGGGGCUCGCACUACUGACGAAAUUAACACUUGCGAAUAUUAAACGAACCUGAGCCGAACCUAAGAAGACCUAUUCCGUGGAUUUCGCCUCAACUUCACGCAUUAAUUCCAGAUAAAAUAAAGAUCGUAACACAAAGCCAAAGUCGUUCAAUCAUUCUCUUAGUAGAAGGAGAUAAACCCGACUUCAACUUUGAAAAUCAGCGUUCAUUCUCAGCUAUUAGAGCGUACUGGGUAACCUGACCAUAACUUCCACUUUCAGGAUUUUGAACCCUAGACAAAGUCAUACGAGGACUGAAGAGUUGGCAUUGGAGGCGUAUUCUUCGGAUGCCGAUUCAGUCCCCUGAAUACUGACCUCUAUCAGCUUGCUUGGCCUUACGUAUUUGACUCCACAGAAACCUGGAUGUGGUGGCUGCCUUGAGGUUGUCCAGUGAGAGGGGAAGUCACCUAAUGGUGCUCUGGCAAGAAGCUGGCCCCAAUAGGAAGUUGAUUAGCCAUUAAGCCUAAGAGCAGUCUCGCCAGUUUACCUACGCUGGAUCAAUGCGACGGUUAAAUGGACAGACCAAUCAUCACUAACAACAUCGUACAUACGGGUGACUAUAAUGGAAAUACUGAUAUGAACAAGACCGAGUAAAGUGUGUCAUUUGAACUGUAGUUUGGUUUUUUUACAGCCCGGGUUCUGACAUUGCACAAGGAGUGAUCUGAGCAUUAGACAGUCAACGCACUUGCCCCAUAGGUAGCGCCCCGCCCGCCUCCGCCAACCAUAUCAAAUAUAAUUAUUUGGAACGUGCGUAUCUGGAUGAUUUAUCGUUAGAGAUUACAUGAGCACUGUGGCCGGGAAUACUUUUAAUGAUGCUACUAGAAAAGCUUCAAUCCUCUUCUAACUAACUAGGGCACCGGUGAUUGCCGAAAAGUGACAAUGCUAUUAUUAAUGCCGCUGUUAUUUAUGAUAACAGUGCCAGUUAUAAUAGCUACUAUUGGGAAAAAUCCCGAGUUUAAUCAGAAUAUCACAUGGGCCUCUUCCUUCACAAUCUGGGAUCUGGGAAACAUGUCUCCUUUCUUUCUUUAUUCACUGAAACCAGUCCUAGCUCUCCAAGCAGAAAAGAAUGUGUCGGCUUUAAAUUGAAAUAAGGAAAUAAUACAUGAUGAAGAGUAGGCAUCGGUGAUCUCACCCUCACAGUUCAUGCAUCAGACUCGCAAAUAUGCAUGCACUUUCCUGACAACGAGGCAGUCUGAACGCGGGAGGUCUCUGGACAAGACCCAAAAACAGUUACAGUCAACACUGAUGUCAGACACAGCUUAGCAAAAAGGCGAAGCUUUCCGUGACGGAAUGCGCCAGUUCGUCACGGAUUCACGGGACUCGGUUUAGUCAGCAAUCCCAAGUGUGCAGUUGGGCUUCCUACCCUCUGUGAGUCGUUUCUGGCCGCCAGUUGGUUUUAAGAAUCGCUUAGAGGGUGGAAAGGGAAGAAAAGAGACAGAUAACCCACAGGGUCUACACUUCAGCACAAGUUUUACGCAUGUAUUGCCUCCCCACUCUCACCAGAAUCCGCCGCAGACCUCCAUAAGACCACAGCGCAGAGGCGUGAAGCUUGCCAAAGAUGGGCUUGGCAUGCAUUACACUAUUGUAUCGGGGCAGACCCAAAAGGGGUCGUCAUUUUUCGAGGUCACCUACUACUACUACUACUACUACUACUACUACUACUACUACUACUACUACUACUACUACUACUACUACUACUACUACUACUACUACUACUACUACUACUACUACUACUAA